AGCUUUGCGGAUCGGAAGGUACGGGCAGGUAUUAUUGCACGACAUGUGCUGUAGCUCCACAUAAUUGUUUCACUUGAUAGUUUAUCUGCCUUUGAUCGCCACUCAAACCAGACCAAUACUACAGGUGCUAGGAUAGCCGCGUCGAGUCACAAACAUAGCAGCUAGAACCUUGUACUAGUUGGGUCCCGAGAAGCAGCAGUCACACCAUCGUAGGCUGAACGGAGGGCGAAGAAACGAAACAUUCAGUAUUGUUGUCGGCCCUGCCCAGUUCGCCCAGUUAGUGUAACGUACUAACGAUCGUGGUGCGGCAAUCACACUUGAUUGAUACUUGCCGUCGUGCAGCUUUAGUCACUGCUCAACAACUGAUUCACGGUAAUCUUACACUGAGGUUGUCCGCAGUUGAAGCCAUACCAGCAAACCAGCUGAACGGCCGUGGAACAACGACGCCAUGGCAGCGGUGGCAGAAGCUCAGGAUGUAGCCACGAGAAGCGUUGCCAUGAUGUUUCAGUCUGGCGUGGAAGAGGCAGCAAAAACCCUGAAUGAGUUUCCUUGCAAAACUGCAUCACUGGACUGUGCUAUGUGCUUCGUGAAGAGUGUACAGUGUCUGUUGACGUUUGAUUUUGAUGUGAUGGAUCGUGCCGAUGCAUUCAUCAAGGACGUCGAGCACCGGUGCUCGGCUAGCAUCAAGUCGGCCCACAGCGACGAGGAUUCCAUGAUGCUGAGAAUCAUUACGGCCGAUUGCGAACUGCUCCGUGCUUUGCUGGCCUUUGCACGCCAAACACUGGCCAACUAUGUGCGAGGUGGCAUGCAUUUACGCUCGGCAAGCAAAACCUACACCAGUAUUAUCACUGAGCUGAAGAAGCGAUCAGCUAGCAAUAAGAGAGUCGAGGCGGCGUGCAGCAUGGGCUUUGGAGCCGUGAACGUUGCUGUCUCGCUGCUGCCGGAGAAAGUCAUGGGCUUGCUAAAGCUAGUUGGAUUCCGAGGCAAUCGCAGGCAGGGCCUGGAGUCGUUGGAAGUGGCGGCACGUAGUUCCGACAUGCGCGCCCCGUUCUCAAUGCUAUUGCUUCUAGCGUACAAUGUCGUGACACGGCCCGUAUUAGGUAUAGAUGUCAGUGACGGGAUGAACAGUGCCAUUCAAGCGGGCACCGGGAUACUCGAGCUCAGCAAGAGCGUGUGCCCCGACGCGGCACUCUUCACGUAUUUCUACGGGCGGGUUGAGUUUCUGAAGAAGGACGUUGACAAAGCGUUGGAGUUCUUCUCCGAGGCAGCGACAGCCUGCAGCCAUCAGCCAGAAAUGCAUCAGCUGUGCCAGUACGAGAUUGCCUACAUAAAGAUUGUGUCACUGAAGUGGAGCGAGGCAAGCGAUAUCUUCCUCUCCUUGUGCCGCAGCUCUCCCUGGUCCCCAGCCAUGUAUGCGUUCUUCUCUUCUAUCACGCUGGCCGCCACUGGGGCAUAUGACGAGUCCAACGCCAAGCUAGAGAGUGUUCCCGAGCUGAUGAAGGCGAAAUCAACAGCUCUGGAAAAGCUUGUCCGACACAAAGUGUCGACUUUCACGGCCAAGAGGCUGACCGAGCAGAGUGCCCGUGUUGAGCUACUGGUGAUGGCAUACAUGUCCAACUACAUCAACUGGUGCGGCCCAGAGCUCUGCGAGGACAUCGUCGACUACCUUGACGAGCAUGAAAAUGACAUCUCCAGCGAUGUAUAUUUCUACUCAUGUAGCUCUUUGGUGCGAGGCGCAGCGCUCAUUCAGCUGGAAGAAGCCGACCGAGCCGAGGUUCAUCUUCGUAACGUUCUCACGCAUGCCCAGACGUGUGUGCAGACAACGGACAGUCAUGUGCCAGCGCAUGCUACGCUGCUUCUGGCAAAUGUCUACAAGAUGCGUGGCGAGACCGACAAAGCCCGCAACGCGCUAGAGAAGACCAAGAGCUUGUACACGGACUAUGAGCUGGAGAGUCAGGUGCAGACCAAAGUGAAGGCUUGUCUGGAGGCACUAUCUUGAUCGCCGGUUUGUAUCAGUUUUAUAAGUGAGCCCAUUGUUUCUAUAAUAAUUAAUGUAGCUGUGUAAGAAGAACACAUGUGGUAGAGCCAUGUCCCUUCCCAGCCUAUGGCACACGCAAUCUAUCCACACGUGCACUAGCCUGACGGAACAUUGACCACACAUCAAGAGCGCAAUUGUUAUUUUUCUUGAACAAGGAACGAAAGGGGAAAGGCAAUUGUUUUAUGCAUAUGGGUGUUUUCGCAUCCACCUUUCCUCAGUACCAGUACUAGUGUUAUUUAAUUCGAUUAGCCCCAUCCUACGUCCUAGCAUGAUUGGGGUAUUCCUGUGACUUUUUCAAUUGCAAUCUUGCACUUUGCUGCCGGCCUAAGCCAGCCACGUACUCCCAUGCAGCACUGGCAAAACAACAUGCGCUGCCGGCUAUUUUUGCCAACCGUGCCAUUGUUGCUCUUUAGCACCUGUAUCCAUGUGAAUUGGAGACCAUUGUUAUACGGCAAGGGAAGAUUGCUACUCCCUACAUUAUUAAUUUUGUUAUUAUCUAUUAUUAGGAUGUGCUCUGCCUUAUCUCAACAGUAUUAUUAUUACCUAUUCCGAAUUUCUAGGAAUUAUUUUGUUAUCAUCUGCUGAAAAGAAAAAUGGACAUGUUGCAAUGGAGGUUACCAAUGUAGCAAGCUUUGAUUUUACGCUUUGUUGUGUUUCUCACUGCUUGCAGCGAAUGUGAAUUGAGCUUUUAAUCUGUGUAAUGAAAUGGAAUAGUA